AUGGCACAGUUUUCCACCCUUGGGCAUCGGACCCCUUCGGCCAGCGACCAACCUGGGUGGUCACGCUCUGAGAUGGUGGCCAGAGGUGUGGAACACUUGCGCGACGUAGGAAGUUCCCUCCGCCUUCAUGCUGACGACCUGCCGAUCGAGGUACGGCGAAAUAGGCACAUCGGCGGCUCGUUUCUGCUUCGCGCCCUCAACAUCUACCUGCACCACCGCCUCUUGGACAGCUUCCUGUCAAAACACCGGUCGUGCCGCAGCCAUGUUUGCUUCAUCUUCGGAAGUCGAUACCCGUACCUACAGGCAGAGGAGUUCGACGUCCGCGUUGAGCACGGCAACAGCGGCGAGGCGGCCCCUCUGCCGACGAGUCAGACCGAAGCUCACGGAGAAUGGACUUGGGUCCCUGAUGUCGAGGCCGUAGUCGUCGAAUCGUCAUCGCAGUCCAGGUUGCUGAAGAUGGCCGUAGAUGCGUUCAACGGCUUCGAGCCAGCCGCACGACAUUGCAAGUCUCGACGCCCCGCCGGGACCAAGUGGCUGACGGCAGACGAGCUCCAUACGCUGGAGGGCGAGCUGUACGAGAAAGACAUGAACGGGACUGCGACGCUUUCCUCGACGGAGCUGAAGCUACAUCUCAAGACAGCGACAGCCAUGCAUUCGAUGGAUGACACGGAUGAGCCGGCGACGGCAGACUUCUCCGUCCCAGAAGGAGCUGCCGGUGUUUCGAUGAUGGACCAACACUGGGAUCUGUCUCUCCCGGGCAACGACUGCGAUGCGAAGCACGCGAAACGUCAGCUCAAGAUAGCACAAGACUUCCUCUCCCUUGACGACAUCGACCGCACGCCGGGGUGGCGACGCAAGUUUGACGAGCUGGCAGACUACGUCUGCCGCUUGAAGAGCCGCUGCCGCUCCAAAGACUUGGAUUCCGACCUUGCGCAGGUCGUCCUCAUGAUGCGUACACACCGACUCUUCGACGAGGACCUCUGCAGCUGGCCAGAGACCCUUCCUGAUGUCAGCGACCAGCAGAGGCCGAAGCACCCCAAGAUUCCGGAGACCACUACAGGAUCGAGCGCGGCUGUUGAAGCAUUUCCCGAGUCAGGAAUAUUGGCGGAUGUUCGCGUCAAGUGCGUGGAUGAUGGAUGCAAUAGGAGACCGGUCUCCAUGCUUGUUGAACAUUAUCUCAGCCGGUACCGCAAAGAUGCAAGGGUUUUUUGGGCCGAGAAACCGACAGGAGAAACGCUGAAUGCCGAGAAAGACGUCCAGGUCAACAUGGUUCAGCACGAGUCGGAGGCUUAUGAAAUAUGCAUGGAUCAAGGGGUCGUCUACACAGCAGAGCGGAUGGCAGCAGUGACCAAGUCCAACACGGCUAUUGAACGAGACGGGGGCCAGCAGACAUCGCACGAGGAACAGCUCCGGUCGUUUGCGACGCUCCGCGGCACGAAGCGAGCUGCCCUUCAGCAGCUUCUCGGCCUUCUAGGUACCUCCGAAAGCCAGCCGGCCACGACGACGAACCAAGGCCGUUCAGUCGGCCCAGCGGAUGGAGUGGCGGGCCUGGGCGAGCUAAGCAUUCCGCGAACGGCUGUGAGCAGCGCUGAAAAACGAGGUCAAACACACCUGGGGCUGGAACCGAGAAAGAGAGCGCGUACGCGGCCAUCUUCGUCAGGAUGCAUCAUCGGUGGAACCGAUUGGCAGCCGGAGGAGCGGGGGAAGACCGAGGCGAGCAUCGAGACGAGAAUGGAGUCGCACCCUUCGAGGGUGUCGCAUGAGGAGAUGAAAACGAGUCCCCCGGAGCCGUCGUCCAGCCAAGGCGCUUCCACCAGCGCCGAGUUUCCUCCCGCCACGAUGAUGGCCUUGGCGGGUCAAGAUGAGAAGGGGAGGGGCUCCGAAGGUAGGAAUAGGCACUUGCCAACCCCUUCGCCCGAUGUAGACGACUCAUCGACUUGCUCGACGGGCGGCAGAGAAAAGCCCAGGGCGGCGAAUCCCCUCCAGGACUUCCCCAGCCCGGCCACGUCGCAUGGGGCCAAGCCACCGUCUCCAGUCGACGAUAAUACCCAGAGCCCACAUCCCCCGUUCCGCAAAGACGAUGCCAAGCCAGACGAGUAUGAUCUUGCCGCGUCAUCCCUCAGCUCCGCAGCACAAUCAGGACCGCGGCGCACAGGCUCAUCCAAGAUGCUGGCGUGGCUGAGGUUGCGGACUACGCCCAUGGUACCGGAACCGCUGCUCUUGCGGGUUGUGGACCCGGCAGACAAGGAAUCCAUCCUCGGUUGA